AUGAACGAUGGGGCUGCUACGUCUGUCACAGACAUUGCUGAUCGCUGUAUCUUGUAUCGUGCGGCCACUGGCCGCUAUGCCCCAGCCAUCAACCGGUUGCUGCUGGAGGCACGCAAGCACCGUCGUCCUCUUGACCCGUACACAUCCACUGGGUACAGGGGAAGCCAAGGAAGCUUCCAGCAGUACGAGUACAUGCUGCACCAUGGGUCUGUUCAGAAUCCUCAGAUGUCCGUAGGCUAUACCAACAAUCAGGCCAUGGUAGACCGCAUUCUGGAGAUUCUUACCCCAGUUUGCAAUAUUGUUAAUGCUAUCUUCACGUGGAUAUUUCCCAGACUUUAUGCCCAAUAUGUUCAUGUCAACGAACAGAUCCAGAAGCGGCAUCCUUGCCUCCGACCACUCUUCUAUCCCUUCUGCUCCUUUUGCAUCAACAUGGAGGGCAUUCAGUACAAGCUGCACGAGGACUGCAAGAAUUUUGCCACAGGGAUGUGCUAUGUCAUCCCCUUUGGGGACUUAGACUACAAAAAGGAAGGUCAACUCAUCAUAAAGGAGCUCAAUAUGGAGUUUGAGGUCGCCCCUGGUGUCCCCAUUUUCUUUCCUUCUGCUCUCUUCCACCACUACAACAGCCAGCUGAUAGGUCUAGGCAUCCGGGGGUCAUUUGUUGCAUGGACCAGUGGGUCGCUCAUGCAAUGGGUGGACCUCGAGGGUAGGGCACUGGACCAACUUACCAAGGCUGAGGUCAAGGAUUACAAGUGUUGUGUUAAGGAUAGAAUCCAGGAGGGUUUGAACCUGUUAAUUUAG